GGGUGAGCUCGUGCCAGCAAGUCCUCCACUUUCUUGACGGGCGCGCAAGCUCAAAGUGAACGUUUAGUAGGAGUUUUCUUCUACUACUUCACGCAUAUUCUUUGGUUCAUAUAUCAAGCCGCAUUCGUGCGCAUUUUUCAGGCAAAAUGGCUGCCAACAAGCAGGGCAAGAUGCAAAACCUCAUCAACUAUCGGAUGAGAGUUACCCUUAACGAUGGCCGACAGAUGACCGGACAAAUGCUCGCAUUUGAUAAGCACAUGAACCUCGUCCUCGCCGAUACAGAAGAAUUCCGCCGCGUCAAGCGGAAGUCCAAGCCAGCUGCUGGCCCGGCUAACGCUCCCCUCGUGGAAUCGGAAGAGAAACGAACCCUCGGUCUUACGAUUGUGCGCGGUACCCACGUCGUCUCUUGCUCUGUUGAUGGACCUCCUCCCGCAGACCCCUCUGCACGACUUGGAACAAGCGUCCCAGGCGCUGCUGCUGCCGCAGCCACUCUCGCCGCCGGUCCUGGAAUCAGCAAACCCGCUGGACGUGGUCUACCUGUCGGACUUGGAGGCCCUGCUGCCGGUGUUGGAGGACCCCCACCUCCUCCUGGCGGCUUCCCUGGUUUCCCUCCUGGUGGUUUCCCAGGAGCGCCGCCACCGGGAUUCGCUGGCCGUGGAGCGCCUCCGGGAGGACCUCCUGGUUUCGCUCCUCCCCCAGGGUUUGCGCCUCAGGGCGGACCUCCGGCCGGUUUCCAACCCCCUCCAGGAUUCCAGCCUCCGGGCCAGGGACGUGGAUUCCCUCCACCAGGAUUUGGAGGACGGUGAAGCUCGCAUGUCGAGCGGCACAAUCGCUUACAAUAUUCCGACCCCGAGUGAAACAUGGCGGCCUACUAGUGUUGGGAUAAGAAAUACGCAUCCUAUUCAUAUACCUGUUCGAUGAUUAGGCAUAGCACACCGAGUUUUACCAGGCAAAGGCGUUGCGGCGUGUGCGGAUGCAGGGAAUGCCCGAGUAAUAGCAAAGGUCGACCUUCCAAAAAAAAAAAAGUCGAGGACCAACAGAAGUAAUGCUACAUAGGUUUAAACGCUUAGUACUUAUUCCCCCUGCGAAUCAUACACGGUCAUUUCCAUGA